GUGGGGAUCCUGGGGGAGUGACGGCCCGAAGUCUAAGAGACUGGUCGUGACGGGGCCGGAAGGUGGCGGGAGGGGGCCGAACCGGAGCCGGCGGGAGGGCCAGGCCAGAUGCCCCCAACCUGGCUUGCCCGCCCCGGCCGCGGCUGAGGAGGAAGAGGAGGAUGAUCUCCAGAUACACUCGGAAGGCGGUGCCACAGAACUUGGAGCUGAAAGGAAUAACAAAACAUUCUCUAAAUCAUCAUCCCCUUCCAGAGCAGCUGGAUGCAAUUUCCUCUACCAACGACAGCCAUGAAAAAGACAUAAGUUCCCAAAGUGAGUCUGACAUCACACAAGAAUCACCUUUUACAUCAGCUGACACUGGGAAUUCAAGGUCUGCUUUUCCAAGUUAUACAGGCACAGGGAUCUCUACUGAAGGCAGCUCGGACUUCUCCUGGGGAUAUGGUGAACUUGAUCAAAAUGCCACUGAAAAAGUCCACGCAAUGUUCACAGCCAUUGACGAACUCUUGUAUGAGCAGAAGUUGAGUGUACAUAUUAAAAGUCUACAAGAAGAGUGCCAACAGUGGACAUGUAGCUUUCCUCACCUCAGGAUUCUGGGUAGGCAGAUAAUCACUCCAAGUGAAGGUUAUGGACUGUAUCCUAGAUCCCCUUCUGCUGUUUCAGCUUCACAUGAGGCAACACUGUCUCAAGAAAGAGAUUCUACUAUAUUUGGUAUUAGGGGAAAGAAGUUACACUUUUCAUCUUCAUAUGCUCCUAAAGCAUCUUCCAUUGCCAAAUCCCCUAGCUUGUGUUCUAUGGAAAGAGAAGAGGAAGACUGUAUAAUCUUCUCGGAAGGAAUAAUAGAGGAAUACCUAGCAUUCGACCACACAGAUAUGGAAGAGGGGUUUCAUGGAAAGAAAUCAGAAGCAGCUACAGAGAAACAGAAAUUAGGGUACCCACCCAUUGCUCCAUUUUACUGCAUGAAAGAGGAUGUCCUUGCUUAUGUGUUUGAUGAUGUGUGGAGCAAGGUCCUAAGCUGUAUGGAGCAGCUGACACGUAGUCACUGGGAGGGAUUUGCUUCUGAUGAUGACAGUAAUGUUGCAAUAACCAGACCAGUUUCAGAAAGCCCCUGUGUGCUGAAUGAACCACAACCUUUGGUCUUACCUCGAGUGCCACAGUCUAAGGUGCUGUCCAUCACCUCAAAUCCGAUGAGUCUCUGUCAAGCAGCAAGUGGUCAUCAGCCAAAUGUGAAUGGUCUCUUGGUUCAUGGGAUGCCUCUACAGCCAAGAAAUCUCUCCCUAAUGGACAAGCUCCUAGAUCUUGAUGACAAGCUACUUAUGAGGCCUGGGUCCAGUACCAUCCUUUCAACUCGAAAUUGGCCAGAUCGAGCCCUGGAGCUUAGUACAUCAUUUCUGUCAUAUACAGUGCAGUCCGCCAGGAGACGCAAUCCCCCACCACGUACCCUUCAUCCCAUCAGCACAAGCCAUUCACGCGCUGGAACACCAAGACCUAUGGAAGAAAUACUCAGAGGAUCCCGAGUCCCAGUGGCGGCCGACUCACUCUCUCCCUCACCACUGCCUCUGAGUCGAAAUAAUCUGCUGCCACCUAUUGGCACAGCUGAAGUGGAACACUUGAGCACUGUGGGGCCACAAAGGCAAACGAAAACCCAUGGCGAUUCCAGUCGAGCUCGAAGUGCAGCGGUGGAUAAGCCUAACCAUCAGCAGCCCCACGAGAGGCUCCUUUUACCAGACUUUUUCUCCAGGCCCAACACAACUCAGUCAUUUUUGGUCCUCACUUACAUGGAUCUACAAAAUCUCAAAACAGAGGUGGACCAAUCACUAGAACCAGGCAGGGACCAUAGGGCAAGUGAGAAGAACCUGCCUCAGGCUGCAAGGAACAUGUGGGAAGAUUCACAAAUCAGUGUUCAGUCAUCUCGUGAUGCAGAGCUUGUAAACAGGAGACAACUUGAAACUAUCUUCAUGAAGAGUUAUUUUGGUACAACAGACUGAGAACAGUAUCGGCCAAAGAUUACAUGGGUACUGUUUCUAUCUCCAGUUUCUGUCUUCUUUCAGCAUAAGUUAACCAUUUCACUGGACAGUAAUAAUUGUACCCAAAGAUGUAACAAGAGUAAUAUCCUCCAAA